UGUCAUCAGGCUUGGAUAUUGAGGAAGGAUCCACUGCUCUGCUCCUGCUACUGCUGCCUCUUCUGCUCUCGCUCUUUUAUAUAUAUAUGUGUGUGUGUGUGUGUGUGUGUGCAUGUGAGCGUGUGGAAGCCUAAUGAAAUGAAAUACCAGGAUUGGGCUACCUCCGGGGAGACUCUCUCCAUCCUAUAAUGUGAGCCAGCCAGCAGCGUUGUAGGAUCAGGUAGAAGCUGCAUCUAUCAAGCGACGGGGCCUCUAGAGGACCAGGCGUGAUCUGACGGGAGGGGAGAUAUUUUUUAAAUUAUUCCUUUCUUGCUGUGGAGAGACGGGAUUGUCGUCAUCCCCCCCUUUCCACCCUUUUUUCUCUGUGCUGCCCCCUCCUUCCUCCUCUGCCUCCACUCUCAUUUUUUCUCUCCUAUUCUUCUAAAGACGCUCUUUGGAAUAUCAAACCUCCAUGUAUGACAAUUUGUACCUGCAUGGAUUUGAAGACUCGGAGGCGGGCUCAGCUGAUUCGUAUACAAGCAGACCAUCAGACUCAGAUGUCUCUCUGGAGGAGGAGCGGGAGGUGCAGGCUCAGGUCCAGAGCCAGAGCCCAAGCCAGAGUCAAGGACCAGGGCAGAGCCGUCAGGAAAGGGAGCAGCAGGCUGCCAUUCAACUGGAGAGAGCCAAGACGAAGCCUGUGGCGUUUGCUGUAAGGACCAAUGUCAGUUAUUGUGGCGCACUGGAUGAGGAUGUUCCAGUACCAGCCACAGCCAUCUCCUUUGAUGCAAAGGAUUUCCUUCACAUAAAAGAGAAAUUCAACAAUGACUGGUGGAUCGGUCGGUUAGUGAAAGAGGGCUGUGAGAUCGGCUUCAUCCCCAGCCCUCUGAAGCUCGAGAACAUCCGGCUCCAGCAGGAGCAAAAGAGGGGACGAGUCCAAGGUAAGUCUGGAGGGAACUCAUCUUCCAGUGUAGAGGAUGAGGUCUCUGCCUCUAUCCGACCUCUCAUAUCCUCCGCAGGAAAGCAGAAACAGAAAGUGACGGAGCACAUCCCCCCGUAUGACGUGGUUCCCUCCAUGAGGCCCGUAGUGUUGGUGGGACCCUCGCUCAAGGGUUAUGAGGUUACUGAUAUGAUGCAGAAAGCACUGUUUGACUUCCUUAAGCACAGAUUUGAUGGCAGGAUAACUAUCACACGUGUGACAGCAGAUAUAUCCUUAGCCAAGCGCUCUGUUCUCAACAACCCCAGUAAGAGGGCCAUCAUUGAAAGAUCCAACACUCGCUCAAGCCUCGCUGAGGUGCAGAGUGAGAUCGAGAGGAUCUUUGAGCUGGCUCGCUCCCUGCAGCUGGUGGUGCUGGACGCCGACACCAUCAACCACCCGGCUCAGCUCCUCAAGACCUCCCUGGCCCCCAUCAUCGUUCAUGUUAAGGUCUCCUCACCAAAGGUCCUGCAGAGGUUAGUCAAGUCCAGAGGGAAGUCCCAGAGUAAACACCUGAAUGUCCAGCUAGUGGCGGCAGACAAACUGGCCCAGUGUCCACCAGAAAUGUUUGACGUCAUCCUGGAUGAGAACCAGCUGGAGGACGCCUGUGAGCAUCUCGCUGAAUACCUCGAGGCCUACUGGAAAGCAACCCAUACCUCAAUGGCGACCCCCCUGAACCCCCUGUUGGGACGCAACUUGGGCCCCACCACUCUUACCCCCUACCCCACCAGCAUCUCUGGACUGCAGAGCCAAAGAAUGCGACAGAGCAACCACACAGGAGACCACUCUACCCCCAACGAACGACGCAACCUGAUGACAUCGGAUGAAAAUUACCACAAUGAGCGGGCGCACAAGGGACGCAACCGCAUGUCGUCUGGCUCACAGCAGAGCCGAGAGCAGCAGGACCCCUACCAGGACUACCAGGACCCCUAUCAGGAUGCAUACAAACCACAUCGCAAUCGCAGUUCGCCAGGCAGCUACAGCCAUGACUCCCGGCACCGGCUCUGAACCCACUUCCAUCAACACCGGGAACCAGACGGCCCAGAGUCCACCCAAAAUAAACGCUGCAACAGAGCCAAGACAGUCCCAAAUUGUACCUGUUUUUAUUAAGGGGUCGCACAAAUUACUUUCAUUUAACCGGCUGUAUUUUUCCUUCAAGAUCAAAGUCACAUUUGUUUUGAUUCAAACUGCCAAAGCAACCCCGUCAAUCAACAGUAUCAGUAGUCAGGAGGUUCAGUAUACCAACAAUAACUCUACCAAUUCCUUUUCUUUCUAUUCCUGGGACAUUUUGGGAUUGUCCCAACUGGAAGCUCAGCAGACGUGCAGCGCACAUUGUGCUUGCUGCCUCUGUCGGUACGCUCCUUUAUAGAUAGUGGUCAGAUGCUGAUGGUGUUUGGGCUUCUAAGUGCCUGGAAUAUCGCACCAGGUAGGAGGGAGGUCCACCGUGCACAGACUACUGCAGGCUGCUGACCCCUAUCCUAGGCCAUGUAUAAAUCCACUCAUUAGCAUUAGCUUAUUGCAUGCUGAUAGAUGAUCAACCUCUGCAUCCACUUCAUUGGUAUUUCUUACCUAGCAUUCUGGAUUCUCCCAAGAUGGAGCAUAGAUGGGGUGGGAGGUCCGUUUUUCUAUAUCGCCUGAUUGUGGAUAGGUGGUAGGUGCCAGGUUGGUGCGGAUGAUAUCUGGCUGCUAGUUUUAAAAACUGGUGCUUCACAUUCCCAGACUAUUUUGCUAUUUGAAAGUCACUUUGAGCAAGGCCAGCUUUUCUGUAGCAUAGCUUUAGGAUUUCAUUUUGGUGAAGACCCUCACUAUCGUGAGCAGAACAGACUGCGAUGGUGCUGGGAUCAGAUCUCACCGGGACUGUGGGGGAGGGCAAUAAUGCUACUGUUUUAAACAGCUAGCUAGAGAAGGCGACGGCUGCAACAGUCUGCCAGAUGUAGUGUAAUGCAAUAGCAAGAUGCUAGUUGACAUGCAUUCAGUAUUGUUGGGAUCAGGACCAGCAUAAAAGCUAAUGCUGUGAGGACCAUUCGAGCAGUUUGGUACAGUAUGUUCUGGCUGAUGCUUUUGCUCCAGAACUUCUUUAUUUAGUUUGAUAGACCUGCUGCUGAAGCUGCAAGUUGUUUUCUGUUCAUUAGUAACAAGGUCAAGGUAAUGUAGAGGUAAAACACACAUGGAGUUGUUGACACAGUUAUUAGUAAGUGACGCGAUUGGUUAACUGCUACUAAAGUUCCUUCCGUUGGUUUCAAAAGCGUGACAUGGCAGGGUCGGUUGCAUCAUGUUAAUUCCCUGUGUAGCUGGCAUGUUGUCCUGACUGCAGAGCAUGUUCACUCCAAACGUAAAAUAGAUUCAAGUUGAUGUUUGUAGAAAAUAGGGCACCGUUCUCAAAAAAAAGACAAAAGAAAAGACGAGAAGGCCCAAAAUACUUAUAAGUGAUAUCUCUGGAAAACUGAGAUUUGUAACUAAAUACACUGAAAUAGCACAGAAAACUAUGUAAACCAAUAAACUAUUGGUUUAUGUCAUUAAGAACGUUUUGGUGCAUUGCAUGACUCAUAUGAAGGGACGCCAUAAAGAUAGUUUCUAAUAAUCCAGAGUUAUGUUACGUUAGAAGCAACUGUCUAACAGUAUUUUACUGUAGCACCAAAAGCUCAUUUGAUAACGGGGGAAUGGUUUAUUUAAUGAACAUGGUGCUCAGUGUGGAAGCAAAGAGCUGCUGUGGUUACUACUAUUUCGAAGCGGUGGUACCAUAGUGUACUGUACAAAUCCUAUUCUUUUAAGAUAUUACAUUGUGAUUAUGAAUUAAUUGUCUUAUUGUUUCGAGAUAAAAAGUCUAAUUUUAUUCCUAAGACUGACUUCAAAUUGAUAAUAAAUUUCACUAAAUACAAAAAUGACCCCACUGCUUUGCUUUGCUGCAAUUGAAGGAUGAGGUUAAGGACCAUUAGAACCAAACUCUCAAAACUGGUCCUAAGGUAACAGAUGUUGCUGUAAUGACUCUUACAACAUGUGGUUCUCUCAUACACGUAUUUCAUUGGCAGCGUGUCAAGUGUCUAAACAAGGCCUUCAUGCCACAGAAAUCAAAAAAUGACAGGUACAGACAUGAAACUUUCUGCAAAUUUCUGUAUGACAGGAUAUAAAGACAUUAAGGUUAUCUGACACUUAUUUCAAUGAUAUCGUUUGUUUGGACCAACCUGGUGUAUAAAUAAAUCAAACUUAUUGAGAAAUUGAUCAUUUAACACUAAGGGACGAAUAGAUUAUAUUUAUUGACGAAUCUAAGACACUGUGCACAAGAUGUAAAAGUAGACAGACACACGCUGCCAUUUAAUACAUUUGAGGACUAUAAAUCACUGACCUCCUUUUCUGGUGUACAGUACUCUUUAAAUAUGGGUAUGAACAGUUUUCUUCAGCACGUUUAGACGCACAUUAAAGCUGCUCUUAACUCUCAGACCCUUUCCCUUUCAGGUGUGAUGUACAGUAGUAACCGAUGCAGCACCAGAUUGGUUCGGUGCUCACCAGCAGUGAAGGAACCUCACCAAAUAAACAGUGACUAAAUAGGUUGAGUUACUAUGUCUUUUUUUAUCCAAGAUCUAUAAAAAGAGUUACUAAAUUGGUUAUGCCCUCAAUACUUUGAAACAGUCCAACAUAAAUGCAGAUUGGAUUUAUUAGAAUACCUGAGGAGUGCUUCUUACUAACCAGUAUUGUAGCAUUGUUUGUAUUUUAAUCAUACUGUAUGAAAGUGCAUCAAAUUUCUGCCCUGUGGUGUUUAAUUUUACAUUGGCCUGUCCAACAUUUCAAACUUGACCUGGCAUCAGAUACUUCUGUUCACUUUGUGUAGAUCUGGAUAAAAGGGAAAAAGUUAUUUUCAAGAACUUGUAUAGCACAAAGAAGUAAGCAAAAAAUGGAAACGCAGGCGGUUUAACAGGAACUGGUUCCUAUAAUGUGAAUCUGGUACAAGGGCACAGGUUAUUUCAUUAAUUCCUUUGUCCACAUGUUCUGUUUAUCUCUUUGUUAUGCACAGUUUGUUAAUAGACUAAAACUAAGGCUGCAAUUAUGAAUAAAUAAAGUGUGUAUUGCUACUGUUUACAAGCACGCUUUUAUGUCUCAUGCCCCAUAGCAUCAAAAUCUCAUUGGUUGAUUGAACAGGGAGCCAUUUUCCAUUUGAAAUCAAACCAACCAAUGUUGAGCUGGGCUGCUUGAGACAAUCACAAGGGAUUUCCAGACCAUAAGAAUUAAGUGAGAAGAGCAAGUCACUCACACACAACUCAAAACUUUAAGUUAGCAUUCAGCUGUUGCCAAACCUUUAUCCCAAAAAAUGAAAUUCAUGUCUUUUUUGAUUUCUCAUGGACUAAAUCUCAAGGUUACCACAAAAUACAGAACUUAUCAGGAGGAUUUUGUUUGUUAAAAUGUAGAACAGGAGAAAAAAACAGACUCAAAAAAAGAACAAACAUUUAUUCCAGUAAAAACGUAAUAGAUGAAUAUUUGCUGGCAAUUAUUUUUAUAACAAAUAAAUGUACAUAAUGUCUUUGAAAGAUGCUAUUUGCUGUAUACAUGCUGAAAUGAGUCAACGACUACCCACGUGGGACACCUGGGACAACUGCGAGGUCCAGUAUACAAAGUUUCAGUCAUGUGCAAUAGAAAACGGCAUGCUGUUUUAAAAUGAGGAACUUCAUGUACUGUACUAUGCAACCGCAAACUGUGUACAUCGCUUCAUGCUGUGGCUUCUCCCACCACCUUUUCCAAGCAGCUUCAUCUGGACUUUUAAGGGAUUUUUUUGUGUGUUUUUAUUUUCCUGUGGAAGAUGAAACCCUAAGCGGCUAAUGCGGUAUUGCAUGCAUAAUAUACCAUUCUAAUUUAUAAAAAAGAAUUUGAAGAAAAUACAUACGAUUGGAGGGGACUGCGUCUAAGGCGAAAGCUACAAGUGACUCAAACAGUUUUUUCCAAAAUAAAAGAGUCCUUCUGAAA